CUAAAUCCAGUUUAAUUACUCGGUAAAUGUAUGCGUGUCGUGCUCCUUCGUCGUUUGCUUCUGUCAAGUUGUGCUUGGCUCACUACAGUGAAGGUUGUCUUUCUAUAAAAAUGAGCUCGGAUAAACCCUGGCUCAGUGACCCUAUCUCAAUAAAAAAGAAGGAGCUUCGCAAGAAAGUUGAGCAGCAAGAACUUCUUACACUGAGUGGAGAAGAUCAAGCCCAACAAAGUACUAAAGUCCUCGAGAAGGUACUGGCUGCACCGUGGUUCAAAGAUGCAAAUAGAAUCUCCAUUUAUGCAGGCGUAGAAUAUGGGGAAAUCCAAACUGAUGAAAUUGUCAAAGCAAUACUGGAUAGUGGCAAAACUGCAUUUGUUCCUCAGUUCAAAAAAGGCACUCUCACAAUGAAAAUGUUGAAAGUUCCUUCAUACGAAGAGUAUGCAAAGAUGGAGAUGUAUCGUUUUGGCAUACGUCAGCCAAAGGACGAGGACAACUGGGAGCCCUACGAAAAUACUGGUCCCCUAGAUCUCGUGCUUCUGCCGGGAGUAGCAUUCACAAAAAAUGGUGAUAGGCUCGGUCAUGGCAUGGGCCACUACGAUCGAAUGCUAGCGGACCAUAAAAAUCGUUUUGGAAAGCUGCCAAAAAUGUACGGCCUGGCUCUUACUCAACAGAUGGUCGAUAGCGUACCGCUAAGCGAUACAGAUAUCAAAUUAGACGGAGUGAUCUGUGCAGAAUAGAUUGUAUAGCCAAAUGCUUGGGUACUUUUGGUUGUGAUUUUUGAAUUAUUUUUUGGGUUUGGAAG